CCCUUUUCAGAGCACUAGCUUUGCAUACAUUCACUACUUAAAGAGUUCUUUAGAAGAGGAGUUCAUACAGUCACACAAUGGAAGUUCUUAUUUGCUCUUUAGUUUGUACAAGUUGUAUUUAUGAAUAUUACAUGAGAAGUUCUGUAAAUCAAAGCCUCGACUUAUAAAAUCCAUUGCUAGACAGAUUCUCAUCUCUCAUUCUGAUUUGAGCCGAAGCUGAGAGCAAGGACACUGCAUUUUAUGUAUGCAUUGAGCGUACAUCAUAAAAAGAAAUGAAGAUGAAUCUUAGAAGAACCAGGCAAAGUUGCUGGCUCUUGCUUUGUUUACUAAUUUGGGUACAAGCUGAAGAAAUUCCACCUGAAGUCUUCAGCUAUGUAAAAAUUGAACAACUUCCUACCAUUACAAACCAAUCACCAUCAACACUAGUAGCCUUUCCAUUUGAUGAAGAAUUUCAGAUUAAGUGUGAAGCAAAAGGAAAUCCCAAACCCAUCUUCUGGUGGAAGAGAAAUGGAGAAGAAUAUGAUCCCCUUUCAGAUCCAAGAGUGACUGCACAAAAAAAUUCUGGAACUUUUACUAUUUACAACAAUGGAAACUUGACCAGUUUUCAAGGAAAAUAUAGCUGCUAUGCUUCCAAUAAACUAGGAACAGCUGUGUCAGAAGAAACUGAAUUCAUUAUACCAAAUGUUCCCAAAUUUCCAAAAGAAAAGCUUGAGCCCAUAGUAGUGGAAGAGGGAGAAUCAGUAGUUUUACACUGCAAUCCCCCUGAUGGAAUACCUCCUUUAAAUAUCUACUGGAUGACAUUAGAUUUGCAACACAUUCCGCUUGAUGAAAGGGUUUCUGUUGGUCUCAAUGGGGACUUGUACUUUGCUAAUGUGGAGGACAAGGACAGCCGGAAUGACUAUUGCUGUUUUGCUGGAUUUCCGAGAAUAAGAACUAUUGUACAGAAAAUGCCAAUGGCUUUAGUUGUAAACAGCUUCAAAUCUGCUAACAACACAGAGUCAACUGAUAAAUCUGGUCCUGGUGCAAACUCAAUAAAACAGAGGAAACCUAGUUUUCUAAAACCAUCUCUUAAUGACUCCUCCCACAUCAUUAUGCUCAAAGGUGAAACUGUUUUACUGGAGUGUGUUCCUGCAGGACUACCUACUCCUUUGGUUGAGUGGAUUAAAGUUGAUGGUAGAAUGCCUACAGAUCGAGCCACUGAAGAGAACUUUGGAAAGAUGCUGCGACUUGAUCAAGUAUCUGAAGAGGAUAAUGGCAUUUUUCGAUGCAUAGCUAAAAAUGAUGUAGGAAAAGCAACCUACGACUUCUACCUAACAGUUGAAGAACCACCAAGAUGGAAAAUAAAACCCGAAAGUAAAACAUAUACAAUAGGAUCCUCUGCAGACUUGCUGUGUGAAGCAUUUGGCAAGCCAGAGCCUGUGAUAACUUGGGAGAUGAAUGGCAUACCAAUUGAACAGCUGACUCCCAGUUUUCGACACAAGAUCAGCCAAGGAAAAAUUGAACUUCAUAAUUUACAACAACAUGAAAGUGCUGUCUUUCAGUGUGCUGCCUCAAAUAAACAUGGAACCAUUCUAGCAAAUGCCAACAUCAAUGUGCUAAAUAUACAUCCCAUAAUGAUGACAGCUGAUGAGGUGAAAUAUAACACAGUUGCUGGAAACAGUGUUUUUAUGGAUUGUAGAGUAUUUGGUUCACCAGUACCAGUAAUAUCUUGGACAAGGGAAGAUGAUAUUUAUUCUGUUGAGAGCUUAAGACAUAACGUGUUUGAGAAUGGAACUUUGGAAAUUAAAAAUACUUCAAAAGAAGACUCCGGAACUUACAUUUGUUUAGCAACUAAUUCUCUGGGGAAAGAAGCUAUCACUGCAGUACUUAACAUAAGAGAUUCUACGAAAGUAGUUGUUCUUCCUGUAAAUCAGUCUGCCUUGCGAUCCUCUUUAGCUGAAUUGAGAUGUGACGUCAAAUAUGACAUUACAUUACAGCAUGCCUUUACACUGAUAUGGGAGAAAGAUGGAGAAGAACUUGAUGUUACAAGUACAGAUCACCGUAAUAGGUUUUCUGUUAAAGACGGUGUCUUGUAUAUAAGAAAUGUCAGUUUGGAUGAUGAGGGAGUAUAUGCCUGCAUAGCCAGUACACCAUUAGAUAUGGCAUCUGCAAGAGCUCUUCUGACAGUGCUUGAUGUACCUGACCCACCAGAACAUUUGAAGCUCUCAGAUUCUCAGAAUCAGAGUAUCCGACUUACAUGGAAACAAGGCAGUCAUCAUAACAGUCGAAUAACAGAAUGUAUAAUUGAAUAUGAGGAAAACAGAUGGGAGCCUGGAAGGUGGCAUGAGAUGGAAAGAGUCCCAGGAAUUCAAAGUUCUGUGCUUUUGACAUUAACACCUCAUGUCAGCUAUAGGUUUCGAGUGAUAGCAGUGAAUGCAAUUGGAAAAAGUAAGCCCAGUCAGCCUUCUGCAAGACAUUUAACUCCACCAGCUGCUCCAGACAGAAAUCCAGACAAUGUCAGGGGCGAAGGACACAACCCUCAUGAAAUGACUAUAAAAUGGCAGCCUUUGAAGCCAGUGGAGUGGAAUGGACCAGGGCUGUUCUACAAAGUAAGCUGGAGACUCGGAGGCUCAAAUGACAGCUGGGAAGAAGUGUCAGUGAGGCAGCAUUCUCACACAGUGAAACAUGCACCCACCUUUCAACUAUACGACAUCAAAGUUCAGGCUGUUAAUGACUUGGGACCCGGACCAGAGCCACAAGUUAAGCAUGGAUUCUCUGGUGAAGAUGUUCCACUGGAAGCCCCACAGAAAGUCUCUGUAGAUAUAAUAAACAGUACACUAAUCAAAGUCAGCUGGUCUAAGGUACCAAAAGAAAGCAUCCGUGGUCAUCUCAGAGGAUAUAAGAUCACCUACUGGAAAGUACAACAUUCACAUGAUGGAAAAAGAAGCCAUUCUGACAAAUACUUCUUAACAUUUGAGGGAGACAGAAACCAUGGAAUGGUCCCUGGCCUUGACCCAUUCAGUGAAUAUUUUCUAACAAUAAUGAUACUUAAUGGAAGAGGAUCUGGACCAGAAAGUCAGCCAGUUACAUUCAGCACACCUGAGGGUGUUCCUUCACCACCAGACAUUUUAGAGCUAGCUCUCAUUAGUAAAGAUGCUGUGACAUUAUCAUGGAGACCUCCUGUUACACCUAAUGGAAUCGUCACCCAUUAUCAUCUUCAGUACCAAUUAAUCAAUGAUACUGAUGAAAUUGGAGAACUUGUUGGCAUUCAGCUUCCAAACCCAGAUACAUUGCAGUGGGAUAUCUCAGAUCUUAAGUCCAAUAGCAAGUACAAGUUCUACCUGAGGGCUUGCACUGUGGUGGGAUGUAGUAAACCUGCCACUGAAGAAGGAAUAACAACUAUUCAACAAGUUCCUGUGUUACUGAACAUAACUUCUUCUGUCAGUGAUACUAGUGCAAAUAUCAGCUGGACUCCGGGAAUGGGAAAAACAGAUUUGGAAUUUUAUAUUGCAUACAUGAAAACCCGUAAAGGUAUGUGGAAGAUAUCAGAUGCUCUAAAUGUUGCAAAAAAUUUUCACACCAUUGAGGGACUUGAACCUGGAACUGAAUACACAAUCCGUGUAAUGACUAAGAACUGGGUUGAUAACACUAGCAUUUUUGAAGAUGUAAUUGAAACAAGGGGGAGAGCAUAUGGAAGCGCUUCCCAAGGAAUUUCCACUCAAGGGUGGUUCAUUGGCCUGAUGUGUGCCACUGCCCUUCUUACGAUUAUUCUGCUUAUUCUCUGCUUUGUGACAAGAAACAAAGGAGGAAAAUAUUCAGUAAAGGAGAAAGAAGACAUGCAUCCUGACCUUGAAUCACCUUCACUGAAAGAUGAAAUUUUUGGGGAAUACAGCAUACCAAAGUGGAAUGGAUUACGUAAGACACAACAAUACACUGAAAGUAUUAAAAACAGAAUUUCUAUUAAUAGUGACAAUGAUGAAAAGCCUCUGAAGGGUAGCCUGCAAUCACUUAAUGGAGACUUAAAGCCUGCAGAGAGUGCUGACAGUUUGAUCGAUUAUGGAGAUGCAGAUCAUGGGCAGUUUAAUGAAGAUGGCUCAUUUAUUGGGGAGUAUGCUGGAAAGAAAGAUAGAGGCUCAGCAGAGGGAAACAGAAGCUCAUUGAUAAUGUCACAAGCAAAUGCAUGAACAUUUGUUUAAGCCUUAUGAACAAAUGGCAGCCAAAGUUCUCUUUCAGAUAAUGUAAGACACAGCUAUGAACACUAUUAAGGCAGUGAACCUGGAACUCUUCUUUAUACUUUUUGAGCUGGGAUUAGAAAGAGUCCUGUUGCACUGAAUCUAUAGGCUUGCUGGAGUGCAAGCAUUUUCUGACAUACCAGAUAAACAGGAAACAAUUUGCUCCUUAUUUUUUUUCCACUUGUCUUACUAUGAUUUGUACAUAAAUCUGUAAAUCUGAAUGCAAUGUAAGGUAAUGUGCAUACAUUUUGUGAAGCUCAACUCACUGCUGUAUUAUGUAUGAAUGAUAAAUAUAAAUGUCCUUGUACACGUCACAUAUGUGUGCAUGCAUGUGAGUGCGUGUUUGUGCAUGCAUAUGUGUGUGCGUGUGUGUGCGUGUGUUUGUGUGUG